AUGUUCAUCGAGAGCUUUAAGGUAGAGUCCCCUAAUGUAAAGUAUACAGAGAAUGAGAUUCAUUCAGUGUACAGCUACGAGACCACUGAGCUUGUCCAUGAGGACAGGGAGGGCACAUACCAAUGGAUUGUCAAGCCCAAGACUGUCAAAUAUGAAUUCAAGACUGAUAUCCAUGUCCCCAAACUAGGGGUAAUGCUUGUGGGCUGGGGUGGAAACAAUGGCUCAACCCUCACUGCUGGUGUCAUAGCAAACAGAGAAGGAAUCUCCUGGGCAACCAAGGACAAGGUGCAACAAGCCAAUUACUUUGGCUCACUGACCCAAGCCUCAUCAAUCCGUGUUGGGUCUUUCAAUGGAGAAGAGAUCUAUGCCCCAUUUAAGAGCCUGCUUCCAAUGGUUAACCCAGAUGACAUUGUGUUUGGGGGUUGGGAUAUAAGUGAUAUGAACCUAGCAGAUGCUAUGGCUAGGGCCAGGGUCCUGGACAUUGAUCUGCAAAAGCAACUGAGGCCAUACAUGGAGUCCAUGCUCCCACUCCCUGGAAUCUAUGACCCUGAUUUCAUUGCUGCUAACCAAGGUGCACGUGCCAACAACGUGAUCAAGGGGACCAAGAAGGAACAAGUCCAACAAAUCAUCAAAGACAUUAGAGAGUUUAAGGAGCAGAACAAAGUGGACAAGGUGGUUGUGCUGUGGACUGCCAACACUGAGAGGUACAGUAAUGUGGUUGUGGGGUUAAACGACACCGUGGAGAACCUUUUGGGUUCAGUGGACAAGAAUGAAGCUGAGAUUUCUCCUUCCACCUUGUAUGCCAUAGCUUGUGUUCUUGAAAACGUUCCUUUCAUCAAUGGAAGCCCGCAAAACACUUUUGUCCCAGGGCUGAUUGAUUUGGCAAUAAGGAGAAACUGUUUGAUUGGUGGGGAUGAUUUUAAGAGUGGUCAGACCAAGAUGAAAUCAGUUUUGGUUGAUUUCCUUGUUGGGGCUGGCAUCAAGCCAACAUCCAUAGUGAGCUAUAACCAUCUUGGAAACAAUGAUGGCAUGAAUCUUUCAGCCCCACAAACCUUCAGGUCCAAAGAGAUUUCAAAGAGCAAUGUUGUGGAUGACAUGGUCUCUAGCAAUGGCAUCCUCUAUGAGCCUGGUGAACACCCUGACCAUGUUGUGGUCAUCAAGUAUGUGCCGUAUGUGGCAGAUAGCAAGAGAGCCAUGGAUGAGUACACUUCUGAGAUUUUCUUGGGUGGGAAAAACACCAUUGUGAUGCACAACACCUGUGAAGACUCCCUCUUGGCUGCUCCUAUCAUACUUGAUUUGGUUCUCCUGGCUGAGCUCAGCACUCGCAUCCAGCUCAAAUCUGAAGCAGAGGGCAAGUUCCACUCUUUCCACCCAGUGGCAACCAUUCUCAGUUACCUCAGCAAGGCUCCUCUUGUUCCACCAGGCACUCCUGUGGUGAAUGCACUGUCAAAGCAGAGGGCAAUGCUGGAGAAUAUCCUGAGGGCUUGUGUUGGUCUGGCUCCUGAGAACAACAUGAUUUUGGAAUACAAGUGA